GAAGAAUCGGGAUCGAAUUGUUAGAAAUCGAAAUUUAUUGUAAUGUUUAGGUAGCAGAAAACCCAGUUAUUGAAUCGUUGAAUUGAGUAAAAACCCUAAUUGAAUCCAUUUGUUCUGAUUACAGCUUGAAGAUGGGAGAUGAAACUGUUGAUGGUAUCGAAGCCAAGUAUAUUUCUGGUCUCAGUACCAUAAUGGUUGCUACAAUUCAAGAAGCCAAGGAUCGAAUUUCUCAGAUCGAGUAUAUUUUUUGUAGCCAGUUAUUCCCAAAUUUUCAAUCCAAAUCCAAAACCUUUGAAAAAGUUUAUUCAGAAGCUCGUCUUGCUGCUUGUGAUGCUUGGAAAGAGAGAGAGAAAUCUCUGUUAGAUCAGAUUGAUGAGCUUAAGGUAGAGAAUCAACAGAUUAAGUCUGAGAAUGUGGAAUUGAUCAAGGAUAAGGAGAAGCUAGCAGAAGAACUUGAUAAAACUGCUUCUAUGCCUCUUAGAUUGACAAGUCUACAAGACUACAUUGCUCAUUUGAAAAAGAAGCACAAGAGUAGAUCUAAGAUGGUUAGUGAUGCAAGAGAAUUGUAUUAUAGGUUAGUCCAGUUGUUACAGGUUAAGGGUUCGGAUGAGCUUAGCGAGGAUGGGAUAAAUAUGAUUCUUUCGGAAGUGAAGAGCCUUAUGGUGAAGCCUGAAUUUCUUCAGGAGGAACUUUCGAAGAAGACAUUGGUGACGGAGAAUCUGCUGAAGAAACUGGAGUAUUUGUCUACAGAAGCUGCGGACGGUGAAAGGAAGUUGAGCAGCGUUGAAGAAGAGAAACAAAGAUUGAAGACUAGGUUGCAGGUUUUUGAGGAGAAUGUUGGUAGACUUGAAGAGAUGCUUAGGCAGAAGAACGAUGAGCUUGAGGAGGGAAAGACGGCUCUUGAGGUUUUGCAGGGUAAACUCAACUUGACAGAGAGGGAAAUGUUGGAGUGUAAACAGAAGAUAGUAGAUCAUGAGAAAGAAAAGAAAGUGGUUAUGGGAAAAGCAAAGGACGAUAUGCCUAUGAUGCAGGGAAGACACGGAAGCUACUUGGCUGAGUUAGAAGCUUUACGUUGCCAGAAUGAAGAGAAAUCGUUUGAGUUAGCUAUGGAGAUAAAGAAAAGAAAAGAACUCUAUAGUACUUGCAAAAAGCUGAAGUCCCAAUAUAGUUUUCUCUGCAAAAGGUUUGGUUUUACUCCUGACAGUUUUCUUCACCAAAGCAGCUUUGAGGACGAGGAUAAAGAAAUGGGUCAACAUGAGAAACCAGCAAUCUCGCGUUUUCUUGAAAAGAAACACUCAGAAACUGCUGAAGGAGCAGACAAAGUGAGAAUUGGGACUGGCUCGAGUGGCAACAACUGCGAGAAAGAGAGUAUAAUCAAACCGGUGCAGACACCUACCACUUCAAUCUCACCAAUUUUGCGGUCACCUGGUGUUAGAAGUGACCCCUCUGCUGCAAAAUCUCCACAGCUAAGUGGAUUAAAGCGUCCAGCUUCCAUUUGGAGAGACACAAGGUCCCGCCAAUCUCCUGGAGGCCAUGAUCCUCAUGAUGAUUUUCUAGAUACUCCCAUUGAGAAUCUCAAAAGGGUCGCUGGGGAAGAAAAACAUGUUCAUAAUGUUGCUAAGAAAGAUGAUUCAGACGAUGAGACACAGGACAUGAAUCCAAAACCGAGUCCAUCAAGGCAGCGAAUUCAAGUUGCAGAAACGAGUAAAAAAAGUUUCAAGCAUGUGGAGUCAGUGAGGAAAAAAGCUGAGAGGGAGAAUUUGAAAGGGAUAGAGUGUAAGCAGUGCAAGAAAUUCUAUGAUGCUGUACAUCCUGAGAAUGAAGGAAAUGGUAACAAAAGCUUGAGAUGUGAGCAUCAUGAAGGUGUGUCGAGGCAUCGUUACAGAUAUGCUCCUCCAAUGACUCCUGAAGGAUUUUGGAACAUCGGGUUUGAAUCCGAAAUGUGAUUCUGUAUUUUGACAUUCUUUGCAUCUAAUGUUUGGUUCUUUGGAUCAGAAGACUAUAAUAAAGUUAUUCUCUGCUU